AUGGCCUCGGUUCCAGCUAAUAUAAGUUUUAACGUUUGUUUAUCUGAUUUUUCAUUUUCUAUCUACAAUGAUUUACACAAACCAGACAAUGUUUGUCUAUCUCCGUUUAGUAUUGCUGCUUCGCUCAUGCUCCUUAUGAUGGGAACAAGUGGUUUGUCUAGAAACCAACUCAAAUCUGUUUUAUUCAAGAAAGGACUUCCAACCGGGGACAUUGCUCACCACUAUAAAGUAUUGCAUGAUGACCUCUUGAGAAAAGCACGUCAUACACCCGGAAUGCAGCUCUCAAUCGCAAAUCAAUUUUUUGUGGCAAAAUGGCAAGUUCAAAGACUCAAUUACAAGUUUAGAAGAAGUGCAAGACGAAAUUAUGGUUGUCAAGUUGCUCUGAUGGAUUUUGGAGAUGAACCAUAUACACGUAAUAAAAUCAACAGAUGGAUAGAAAGACGCACCGGAAGAAAAAUUAAAGACUUUAUACCAGACGGUAUGCUCGAUCAAUUAACUUUUAUGAUACUCACGAAUGUGGUGUAUUUCAAAGGUCAAUGGAAGAGCCAAUUCGAUCCCAAGAAAACUACACAGCGGGAUUUCUGGAUGAACAAAAACAAAAAAGUGAUGACAAAUAUGAUGUGGCAAAAAAGUACGUUCAAAGCUGGUGUCGACAUGGAUCUUAACUGUAAAGCUGUCGAACUUCCAUACAAAGGGGAUAAUAUUUCAAUGGUUAUUAUUCUUCCGAAUGAAAAAGAAGGUUUACCAGAAUUGGAAAAGAAAUUGUCCCCUCUAACUUUUGAUAAUCUCAUCAAAAGAUUGAAAUCAAGACCAACAGAGCUAAUUCUACCUAAAUUCAAAAUUAAGGCAAAAAUUGAUCUAAAGGCGAUUCUAAAGGGGCUAGGAGUAACGGAAAUAUUUGAGGCAUUAAAGGCCGAUUUUAGUCAUAUGGUACGAUCACGUGAUCAGAAAGGAGAUUUGUAUGUUUCUGAUGCGUUUCAUGAAAGUGUUAUUGAAGUGAACGAAGAAGGUAGUGUCGCCGCUGCUGUUACGUCAUUUUUCAUGUUAUUUCGAUCUGCUAGGCCUUCUACGUUUAAUUUUGUCGCUGAUCAUCCUUUUGUAUUUGUAAUAAGGGAUAUAAGUAGUGGAACUAUUUUGUUUCUCGGAAGGUAUUCUAAUCCGGAAAUUACUAUGAUGAACAAUAUUAAUAGAGUAUCGACUACUCUGUCUGAAAGUAAACUAGUGUCUGACAAUGAUAAUAGUCCAACCAUAUCUGUUGAAGGCACUCAAAUCAAAACAGCAUUGGAAAAGAAUAAGCAAAUCUUGUCAAAGAACGAACACGUAGAAUGUUGUUGUGGCGAAUGUUCAGUAAGUGAUAUAAAUAAUUCAGCACCUACUAUAAAUGAAGAUAAGACAGAAAGUCUUGUAGACCAAUAA